GGCAGCGCAUCGACGUCGCUCUCGGCUCGCUCGCUGUAAACCACGCCAAGCUCGUGUGAGUGCGCCUGUGUGCUUACGUGUGUGCGUGAGCGAAACAUGGCGGGUUACUGCUGCUCCCGGCAUUCUGCAACAUGAUGGGGAAUGGUAUGCGGCUGGCAUUGCUACUGCUGGUGUUACGUCUGAGCGCUCGUGCGGGCGCCGGCGAGAUCAUCGGCGUUGGCACCCUCGAGACAAAUAGUCAACGCAUGGAAAUGGUCAGACGAGUGCUGAGUGAGGUACCGCUCAUCGACGGUCACAAUGAUUUACCCUGGAACAUACGUAAUUUCGUGCACAAUCAACUUGCCGAAUUCGAGUUCGACACCGAUCUACGACAGGUCUUACCGUGGAGCAAAAGUGCAUGGAGUCAAACCGAUUUGCCGAGAUUGAAACAGGGAAUGGUUGGCGGGCAGUUUUGGGCUGCGUACGUACCGUGCGAGUCGCAACACUUGAACGCCGUGCAGAUGACCCUCGAGCAAGUCGAUCUCAUCAAGCGACUCAUCGAAAAGUACUCGCAACACAUGCAGUUCGCUACCUCGUCUCAAGGUAUACUCGAGGCACAUAAGAAGGGCAGGAUAGCUUCGUUGAUUGGAGUGGAAGGUGGCCACAGCCUCGGCAGUAGUUUGGCUGUAUUGCGCACCCUCUAUCAGCUUGGUGUACGGUAUCUAACCCUCACUCAUACCUGCAACACACCCUGGGCAAAGAGCUCUAAUGUCGAGCAGGGUGACGAGCAAGGCGGCGGUCUAACGACAUUUGGCAAAGCAGUGAUUCGUGAGAUGAAUCGUCUUGGUAUGCUGGUCGAUUUGAGCCAUACGGCGCGCAAAACAAUGAGGGACGCGUUGAGAACCAGCAAGGCGCCGUUAAUUUUCUCUCAUUCGUCGGCCUUCGCCAUCUGCAACUCGUCCAGGAAUGUGCCUGACGAUAUACUCAGACAGCUGGCGGCGAACGGUGGCCUGGUAAUGAUCACGUUCUACAACUACUUCGUCAAGUGCGGCGAGCAGGCGACCGUGGCCGACGUGGCCGAGCACAUUUAUCACAUUAAGAAUUUAAUUGGAGUGGACCAUGUCGGCGUCGGCGGCGACUUCGAUGGUAUUAACAAAACGCCGCGAGGUCUCGAGGAUGUCUCCAAAUACCCAGAGCUGUUCGCCGAGUUACUGCGUACUGGCGACUGGGAUGUCCAGGAUCUCAAGAAGGUUGCUGGCCUCAAUCUACUCAGAGUUUUACGUAAGGUGGAGCAGGUAAGGGACGACAUGAGAAACGCAGGUGUGAUGCCAUCGGAGGAAGUUCUAGAAUCGCAAGACACCACUGGCAGAUGUUCCCUCGACAUCAAUUCAGUGCACCGCGGAGCCAUGGAAGUUUAAAUUUCUCACUCCCCCUGUGUCUGUGUAUGUCUGAAAAAAAAGAAGAAAAGCACUGCCGCUGCGUCUCUUUUCGACAUUUUUUUCUUAACUAUCUCUUCUUCGUUCCGUUCGCGAAAGACUUGGUGUUGAAGCGGAUGUGCAUAUUUUUUCAGUGUGAUUGCGUCUUUCUUAGUUCGAAAAUUUCGUUUCUGUAUAGUUUCCCAACAUCCGAAGUUACAAAAAGUUGUUCCGAAAGUUUUUUGUUUUUAAAGUUAGACGAUACUCAAAGGAUGCGAGCCCUUUUAAAAUGAGAAUUUACAUUAAAGUUUUAACUUUCGAAUAAUGGUGGUUACUGCACUUUUUCGAAUUCCAAGAAAAAAUUUCAAUAGCAGAAACACGGUCGUCGUAGUCGAUAUAUGUAUUAUAUAGUCGCGCGCUCCAGCCUGAAUAAUCCCCAAAAGGAGGCAAACUAAUUACAACGUUUGCAUUCCAGUGCGGACUAUAGGUCGAUCGAUGAAGAGAACACCGUAUAUACGACGAAAUAUCUCUGUUUCUAUGUAUAUCAAGCUGCAGCAGCAAGCACCUACCCCUAGAAUUCAUGGACCAAGCAUGAAUAACCGAACAACUCGACUUGCGCUAACUAUUAGCCUACGAGGAAGUUGUGUACACCGAUGUUUCGAUCCUUCGAACCGCGGUAAGACGAUUCUAUAAGUUAUGCGGUAUUGGGUGAGGUCGUUUGUUGUUUACGAGACAUUUUACAAAUUACUAUAUUUUCGAAUAUUACGCAGUGAAAAAAUUUUCUUGUUUUUUAAUUGACACGAUAACGAAAAAGAUAUUAGGGUAUAAAAUUUUUAUUCGUAAAAUACGAUGUAAUACGUUCUUAAAAAAUUUUGUACGUAUCAAUAUAAUUUUUCUCAAAAUAUAAAAUUUGCGUCUUCUAUCGCGUGAAUUAAUUAAUCACGUUUUCUUUAAUUAAGAAUUUUUUCACAAUGUCAAAUGAGUACUGUUUUGUAGAAAGUUUUUCGAAUAGCUUUUACCACUUAAUCAAAUAUUGUAAUUGUAUACAGUUUAAAAAUAUACCUCGUCCCCUGCAUGCUGAUUUCAUGCUCGUAUCACACAUAUUUUCACGGGAUGAACAUUACAUUUUUUCUAGAACUAUUGACUAUAACAAAGGGUUGUGAAUUUCAUUUAAAACUGUGUGCCAAAGUCUCUCGCGUUUUUUUAUGAAUUUUUUUGUAUACUCUGUGCCAUUGUUAUUAGUUUUUUCCAUUGUUGGAAAAAACAAUAAAAAAAGUUUGAUUCUAUAUUGAUAAUCGACUUAUCAAUUUCUGUAUAUAAAAUGUACAUACGAACUUUUUAAAAACUUUAGAUGUAACGAAAAAAAUAUUGAAAUUUCAUGUGAAAUAAUAUAUAGUUAUUUAUAAAAUUAAUGUAUAUAUAUCAUAAUUAUGAUAUUACGUUAUAAGCGAUAUCCGUACGAGUUGGACUUCACGUAAUGGAAUUUCACUUGGGGAGUGAUGAGGGUCUAAUUGUGUAAAUUAUGAAAAGGAAGACAUUUAUUGUGAUGCGGUUUUCUCGGAAGCAGGUUUCUCAUGCAAUAAAGCUAGUUCUUUUUAAGUAAUUUUUUUGUAUUUCAAAACGAAAGGAAAUGUUUUUGAGCAGGGCCCCUUUUCGUGUUAUAUCUUAACAAAUACUCAUUCAUAAUUUUUAAACAUAUCUGCCUUUUGAAAAAAAAACUGAAGAUUCGAAAUACAAAGUCGGAUAAAAUUCACAGGCGAGUACUCGAUGUAUGAAUUUACGGCUAACGAAGACACGAGAGGGGUCUUAACGCUUGUGGCGCGAGCGCGAAAAUCGAUAAGCUCACUCUCCUGUAGUAUACACGCGAAGGACGCUCGAGCAGUUGGGAGGGAUAAAAUUCCACGAAAAAAUGCUGAGAUUUUCGACUAUGGGAAGAUGUUGUGCAAAGCCAACAACGAGAUCUUAGAAAUGUCGACAUUUUGCUGUCUUUCUUUCUCUUUUUGCUGUGCCAAAAACGGUCAGCAAUGCAAAAAUCAAGCUUAGGAAUUCUGGAGUUGUGUAAAGCUCCAGCUUUUUCAUGAUUAUAAAGUGAAAAUAAAUUUUUUUUAAAUAGACUCGAAUAAUUAAUCAAAACAAUAAAUAUUAAGUUCACUUUUCGUGUGAUAAUGCUUUUUUUCAUAUAAAAUAGCUGCUAAUAAACUGAGUCUCACGCCAAAGUAAAAUACCAGCUACAUCUAAUUGCUCAAUGAAUUAGCACUUUCCGAGUAAGUCGGCAGACUAGAUGCGCUUUGAGCAAUCAGCGACUCUUUUUUCAUGUUCGCAUUCAUUAGUGCACGAUCGAUUGAUUUGUAUAAUUCUUGAAAACUUGUUGUCGUAUCUCCAUUCUUCAUCUCCUUGUAAUGGAUUCCGUCUUUCGUCGUUAUGUGUCUGUGAACGGUCACAUUUAAUUUUGUUUUUCUUGUAUAUUUGUUGUUCAUACAAUGAAUUUACUGUAAUACUUUCUUAAUACACUUUUUCUCUUUGGGUGUAAGAAGUGAUGAAUUUCACAGGCCAAAAUAUAUUACUAUAAUUGUAAAACGGGUUAAACAAACUGCCAAAUUAUAUAAGUAUUCUUUUUUUUUAGUUGACUGUAUAAUUCAUAUGUACUUGAAUAUAAAUAUGUAUGUAUGUGUGUAUAUGUGUGUGCGUAUGUCUGAACGAAAUAAUACAUUACCUAAAUAGUGUGGGAAAAUAAAUUCUUAUCUCGGAGGGUUACGCCCGAGCGAAAUGAGUAUCUGUUUCCCGUACAUGUUAGCUACGGUAUUUUUCAAAAUAACUCGUGGAAAGCGCUAAUUUGAGCGUACGUUUUUCGACGAGCUUGCGGCAAAGUCGUACUUUCUGCACGGCGUGUUCAAACAAACCUUUACCACUCACUAAAGAAUGUAAGCACAAUUGAAAGUAUUGUGAACGCGAUUUACAUAGCAUGUAUGUCAUUUAUAUUAUAAACAAAACGCAAAAAAAAAAGAAAAAGAAAAAUUUAGCAUGUAUUCAAGUAUCAAUACGAUUAAAAUAUCCUGCUGUUCUAUAAGUGUAUGAUAAAAAGAAAAUAAUAAUAAUACGUAUUAUGACGAGAAGUAUACUAUACACGAUAUGUCUUCCUUCCGCAAUUUCGAGAAACCAAAAUAAAACGCGACCGUGUGUACUCUGUGAUUUUCUCAUUAAAAACCUGUGUAUAAAAAAGCAGCGGUAGUCGAUCAUCGUCACGUAAAUCUCUUCUGAGAAUUCUGUGUGUCGAAUUUUACACAGCAUUUUCCGCGGACAGUGAAUAUAUUUGUGUGUUCCUAUCGUUCACUUCGAUCACUUUAUGUAAUCUUUUGCAAAUUUCAGCCUUGAGGAUCAACAAAAUUAGGAAACGAGAUUUUCGUUGAAUCGAACGCAAGUCGAAAAGUUUUCAAGAUUGAAAUUUGUACUGCAUAAAAAAUAUCCAACGCCUCUAAUUUCUACAAGCACCGCAACCACCUGUUUGUGUCUUGUGUGCACUUUGAACGUAAAAAAAAGAAGUUAAUCAGUCAAGCCACAACUUGAACGCGAAUUGAAUAAGGGAGAACUUCACCCCUCAACGAAAAAAAGUAGCGUUUAGCGCACGAAUUGCAUUAUCGAAAGACUUCGUUCGCGAACAAUAUAAUGCUUUGUAAUACCGAAGUUCUACUGUAUCUUCGAUAUGGACUCACCAAAUAAAUGUUUCU